GGCCUUGUUGAUCCCCUGCCAAGUUCAGGGUCUCAAAGUGGGGGGACAAUGUCCCUCUGGCCCCCAUCUCUGGCACCUAUGCUAUCUACCCAUGCAUCUAUCCACUCCCAUACACACUGUUCAAUCCAUCUCCCAUUCCUCCAUCCUACACACCCAUCUGUCCAUCCUUCUACACAUCCUUUCAUCCAUCUAUCCAUCCAUCCCCAUAUACCCCUCUCCAUUCCUGUACAUAUCCUUCCAUCCAUCUCCAUACACACGCCUCCAUCCAUUCAUGUAUGCAUCAAUCCAUCUACCCAUCCAUCCCCCCACACACCCAUCCAUCUCCAUACGCACUCCUUCAUCCAUCCCCCCCAUCCCUAUACACACCUCUCCAUUCAUCUCUCUCCAUAGAGAAACCAGGGGCCUGCCGGAAUCGCCCUGCCAAUAAGGAGAAUAACAUCAGUGAUUGAUAUUACCCAGUCCGGCCUGUCCUGCUGAGAACUCACAUUGCAUCUGGGACAGCUUGUCAUGUUGCGGAGGAUCCUCCACAGAAAUCCCCAGCUUCAUCCACCCCAGCGGGAGACGCCCAGGCAGGGACAAUGACUGCAAACACAACUCCUAGCAGGCGGCCCUUCCCUUCGUCCUUACGGGGUGAGACGGUGGAGACGUGCUGAAGUCAGAUAUACCAACGAUGGGCUCCAGGUCAGUCACUGGAUCACUGGUCCCUCGGAAGGACUCCCCGGGCACAGACAUCUUCCGCAACGACAAUGGAGACUGCAUCGUCCGUUCCGACCUGGGCUGCUACCUGCAGACAGAGCUCCUCGAGAACGGGCGCAACAUCAAGAUCCAGAGACUGCACCCUGCAUGCCGGGGUGGGGAUCACUACAUGGGCUGCGUGGGGGACCCCGAUAUCUACAUCCUCAAAGGCGGCUCCUACCGGGUGGUGAAGGACCUGAGCAUGGAUGAGAAACCCCUGGUCUUUGACUUGCAUCCCAGGUGCCGCAGCGGGGACCACUAUGGGAAGACUGGUUCUCAAUUCUUCAUCAUUUUCCAAAACCAGGGUGAAAUGCGGUGGGUGACUGAUUUGAGAACAGCUGAAGGUGAAAGAAAUUUCGUCCUGCACUCCGAAUGCACAAAGGGGCUUUACUACUUUGGGAUCGGUUACUUCCUAACCCUGAUCCAGGUGGACGAGAAGUGGGGGGCUCAGUUCUACUUGUACAAUGAGAUGAGUUCUGCCAGCCUCAAUUCCGUCUACUCCAUCCACCCUGACGUGCUGAACUUCUUCCCCGGGGGGGUGACCCUCACCGAAGGCAUCUUCUCUGCCGGCUGGGAGUGCAUAAAGAUCCUGUACAAUGACUCCGACUCCCCCAUCACCUGGUCCGACAAGGUCACCCACAAGGUGGGCUUUGCUAAGGAGAAGAUGUCCAGCAUUGAGCACAACUGGAGCAUCUCUGCUGAGAUGUCCAUUAAGGCCGGAAAACUCAUCGAGCUCAUCACCAAGUUCCAGUUCUCCCUCAAGGCCGAGUACAGCGGGAGAAGCAUCCGCACGGAACAGGAGGACUGGAAUGAAGCCCGAGAAGAAGAGGAGUCAAUCCAGGUGACCCUGGAGCCCCAAAAGAACCUGUACAUCUGGCAGUACCAGCUCGGCAUAGGCCAGGAGCCCGUCUUGUUCUGCAGAGACAUCCAGUUCACCAAAGAAAAUAACCCACCCGACCGCAUCCCUCUGUCUCUGGUUGCCUGAGCCUCUGCGAGAAUGGAGGAUGCCAGCACCAUGAUGAUAUUCUAGAUGUGUGCAUGUCAGCUUCUUUGCCCUAGUACUGCCCCUUCAGAUCUUUCCCCGAGCUGCCCAAAAUUUCUCCCAGAAUCCCCAACAUUCAACUCCUGUUUUUCAUCUGUUCCCAGCUUUACCCAAAGCUUGUUUGCAAUGUAGAUGGUUCCAUUAAAUGUCCUUUUCUUCCUAUUAUUAUUAUUACAGCUGGUCUGAAAAUGGGGUUUGAGUUUCUUGUGCGAAAUUUGGAUUCUCUAUUGAAAAACCAAAACAACAACAACAAAAUGGACUAAAAGCUGCUGAAACCUCAGAAAAUUGGACAGAAAAGAGCUGAAACCUGAAAAAUUUGGCAAAAACAUGCCCCAAACUGAAAAGUUCUUGGCAAAACACUGCCAAAGGAAACAAAAAUAUAUUUGCUGAAAACUGGAUAAUGUUUUAUUUGUAGCCAAGCAUUUUCAGGUCUUCUGACCAAAAAAAUGACCCUGUUUUCGAGGGAAGCUGACACUUGCUGGGAAUAUUUUCCUUUUGCAAAACAAUCCAAUUUUCCUUGAAAACCAAUAUCUCAACCAGCUUUAAUGAUAAGGACACACGGCCGGCCCAAACUUCUCCCCCUGCCACCUGUCCAUUCUCCUUCCUCCACCUCCUUCACAGCCUUUCCCAAACCUCCUUCCAAAUCUCAUCUGUAUUGUCAGUGAUUGAAUGACAUGUUCUCUCUCCAAUUGUUACUGUUAGUCACAGCCCAGAAUUUGCUUUGGACUCCUUCAGUAUCGAGUGUCCGGUGGAAACCAGAGGAAUCCCUGCAGUGUUGUAAGUGAGAACGAGGGUCAAUACCAUGGAUUUGCCAAGGGGCCAGAGUAGAUUUGAAAUCUGAAAUAUAGCAAACUGCAUUUGCUGUCCAUGUUUGAGUGAAAUUUAAUUAGGAUUACCCUGUAUUAUUGAGUCCAGGGAGCAUUAGUGUUCUCAUUUAAUGCUUAACUCUUCUCAGGUCUAUUUUCACCCUGGAAAGUACUUCUAAAGUCAACAAGGUUUAUAAUCAUCAGCUUUACAGAUCAAAGAUUAGCUACACCAACUAUCCUAGGAAUGUACUGAACCCAAAAUACACAUGCAGUCUGACACUCAAUGGUCAUAGAUAGACCAGUGUUGGGGCCCAGGACUCAUACCAUAGACCAAUCACUUAGUUGGCUUAAUGACAUAGUUAUACUAAAGUAAAUAAGUAGUGUCGACCAAGCCUAUUUUAUGAUAAUCAGAUCUUCAGUCUCUCCAAUGCAUUUGUCACACUUUAAGUAAUUCUCUGAAGCACUUUGUCUGAAGGCAUCCUACUAAUCUGGUCCCUGUGCUUUCUAGUGUGUGUGUGUGUUUGGGGGGGUGGGGGUGGGAAAGGCACUAGUAUAAACUAGCAAAAGCAGUUGCUUUCUUUAUUUUUGAUGGUUCUCUGAGGCCAUUGACUUGGGCUGAAGAAGGAGAAACAUGCUAAUGGCAUUGCUUAGUUAAAAUGCAAGAUACAGUUCCUCCACAAUGUGCUACGAAGAGAGCAGACACAGCACGGGAACUUUCAGAUACUGAGAUUAAAGAAACACCAAGCGAUACAACCUCCAAAAGGAAGUCCGCCACUUCUUCUCAGCCUGGUAAGCCUGGCACAGGAGAACGUGGGACACAUGGUCUGUCCAAGUGUCUGGCAGCACUUCUGGGUUCACCAGCUCCUCCUCGCCCUGCAGCCCCUGUGCCACCUGCUCCCCCGCUCACCCUGCAGCCUCUGCACGGUCAGCAAAACUCUGAGGUCCACCAUGAUGACCCCUGUUUAUAUACCCUGUGUUGGGGUUCAUUGGAGGAUGAUAAUCUUCUUAUUUUCUAUUAGACACUUGCUGCAGUGCUCAGAUUUCUGGUCUGUUACUUUCUCUGCUGCUUCCGUCAUUAUUCAGUAGAUGCUCAUCCACAUUUUCUGUCAUUCUUUGCUCAUCUUAGGCUCUUGAUUUUAUUCAUUUUUAACACUGCAUUCCUGUAUUAAAACAGCCUAUUAAUUGGGUUCCCCCUUUUUAAAGCAAUUUCUUUUAAUCUUUCAAAGUCACACAUACAUUGAGUGCUUCUGCCUUUCAAUAUUCAUUUUCCUUCCUGUGCUAGACAAUCCCUAUCAAUUGCAUGAGGCAACAAUCAGUCUGAAAGAAAACAGACAAAAUCUUGUAUAGUUCUUCCAAACAUAGUAGACAAGGGGCCAGCUUUUAAAAGGUAUUUAGGUGCCAGAAGGAGUCGGGUGGUGCCUAGUGGGGAUUUUAUGGGUGUCUGCAGGACGAGAGAUUCUUGGGUUGAGUCUUGCAUUGGCCUCCUGAAAAUCAAUGGGAUCAAUUCAGUCCCUUCAAAUCCACGCUUACCACUUCUCAGUGCCCUCCUCCCAGCUUGCAAACCCAGCUCAUCCGCUUCCCGUUCCCCUGCUUCUCUCCAAAUCUAGUUAGCAACGCAGCUGAUUUCAUGUCAUCUUCUUCAUCUGUCUUCUCUCAUUAUAAUCUGCAGCCUGAAUUCUGCUUUGGGAUCACUGAGGGGUGGAAUCUGCUGCUGAAACGCAACGCAUUUAUCAAGCUUAAAUAAAGAACUGGUUUUU